GCCUACCAGCAUCGUUUAUGCAACAUGGCGGCGCUCCUGGGUCGAGCAAUUUGCAAAAUUCCCGGCAACUCUUUGCGGGGUGUUUUGACUCAAAACGUCCUCAAUAGAUCUCCAGUUAUUGCUUGCACAAGAGGUGCAAAGCAAUGGCAGCCAGAAGUCAAGGAUGUAGAGCAGUAUGCCAAGGCUGUUAUGUAUCCAGAUGAAGUCACAUCAAAAUGGCCAGCACCCCCCUGGGAUGAUCGUGAUAAGAUGCCAGAGAAAGACGUGUCUAACCUCAUCAUCAACUUUGGUCCUCAGCAUCCAGCUGCCCACGGUGUGCUUCGUCUUGUCUUAGAACUCAGCGGCGAAACUGUGAUUCGAGCAGACCCCCACAUUGGUCUCCUACAUCGUGGAACAGAAAAGUUGAUUGAAUACAAGACGUAUCUGCAGGCACUGCCAUACUUUGAUCGGUUAGACUACGUCUCCAUGAUGUGUAAUGAACAGGGUUACUCACUGGCAGUGGAGAGACUACUGAAUAUCGACAUCCCAGAGAGAGCCAAGUGGAUUAGAGUUUUAUUUGCAGAGAUCACUCGUAUAGCUAACCACGUCAUGGCAGUCACUACUCAUGCUCUAGAUGUUGGAGCUAUGACCCCAUUUUUCUGGAUGUUUGAAGAGAGAGAAAAGACAUUUGAGUUUUAUGAGAGAGUGUCUGGAGCUAGGAUGCAUGCAGCAUACAUCAGACCAGGAGGAGUACAACAGGACAUGCCGUUAGGAUUGAUGGACGACAUCUACAAAUGGGCCAAGAACUUCUCUCUUAGGAUUGAUGAGCUGGAAGAGAUGCUGACCAAUAAUCGCAUAUGGAAGGAUCGAUUGGUUGAUAUCGGUGUAGUCACAGCUGAAGAUGCUCUCAAUUAUGGAUUCAGUGGCGUGAUGUUGCGAGGCUCGGGUAUCAAGUGGGAUUUGCGUAAGAAUCAACCGUAUGAGGUUUACGACCAGACAGAGUUUGAUGUUCCUAUCGGAACACAUGGAGACUGCUACGACAGGUAUCUAUGUCGUGUUGAAGAGAUGAGACAGAGUCUACGCAUCAUUGAGCAAUGUCUGAACAAGAUGCCGGAGGGAGAGGUGAAAGUGGAUGAUGCUAAAGUCUCACCACCAAAGAGAGCAGAGAUGAAGGAAUCUAUGGAAGCUCUGAUUCAUCAUUUCAAGCUGUACACAGAGGGCUAUCAGGUACCGCCAGGGGCUACAUACACAGCGAUUGAAGCACCUAAGGGUGAGUUUGGUGUGUAUCUGGUCUCUGAUGGAUCCAGUCGACCGUACCGUUGUAAGAUCAAAGCUCCAGGAUUUGCUCAUCUAGCGGGACUGGACAUGGUGUCUAAGGGACACAUGCUGGCUGAUGCAGUAGCUAUUAUUGGAACUUUGGAUGUUGUGUUUGGAGAGAUUGAUCGUUAGCUACAGCAUUGGAAGAAUUAUGGGGUUUUGGGGGGUCGUUUUUUUGCAACACAGUGCUAAGCAUCACCAGAGUUCAGCAUCACCAGAGACAUUACACUGCCGUCUAUGGCAAAAUUAAAGCAUUUAUAUUCUGAUGUUGCCAUUUUUUAAUCAAACUAGGAUUAUUAAAUCAACAAAACCAUUACUCACCACUCUUUUUUUUGCCUUUUCAAACUUUAACUUCUCCAAUCAAUGUCACAUUCUUGUAUGGAUUACAUGUAUGUGCAUAACUUCACCUCUCAGUAAACUAUACUGUGUGCACCCAUGCUUAGGAGUGCUCCUCUUACCUCAAAAGGCUAAACGUUUGUGCACAUUAAACAUUUUCAAUUGUUUACUAGUUGUGCACCACACUGAAUAUGGGCUUGUGAUAUACUCUAGCCUGGGGGUCAUAGGUCACAGAGCGUCAUCUAGAGAUCCAGCAUGGAGUACCUUGUGAAACAAUUGGAACAUGUUUGUUGUUCCUAAGAAGCCCAAAAGUCUGUGUAACAAAUGUAUAUGCAAUAAAAACUAUAACCUGAUUUGCAAAGAUUGUGUGGCAGAAUAAGAAUAGUGAUGCUGAAAGUGUAAAUAUUUAUUUCUUACCGGAUUUGCUUCUGACUAUGCUCCAUGACCCUUAUUUACAUAGGUCAUUGUUUAAGUUCAGUGUGCCUCUCUGUGGAAAUGAACCAGAAUCAUAAAUUUGCAGUUGGUGUCUCUGACCCCAGGAAGAACUUGUUGAUUUUCCAAAUAUUAAAGUCUUGGAUUUCUAAUAUAGAAGUGAAGUUUCAAACUAAAUCUGCUUUUAUAGCAUCUUGCAUUAAUUGAUCGUUUUACGAACUAUAAAACAGAACAUAUUACCAAAGUUAUUAAAAUAAGAAGCGAAAUGAAGAUAUGGAAAAAUUGGGAAUGUUAUUGACCCACGCUAUUUCCAGGCAUGCAACUAGGAAUUAAAAAAAAGACGAAAUUCCAAACCACACAAGACUUUGUAAAGUGUUUUUCAAUUUGUCAUGGCAUUCAUGAGAAAUAUACAAUUUUCAUCGCCAAUUAUCAAUCUGACUCGUUUUCGUGGAGAGGCUCUUCAUUUGUCAUUGGAGAAAUUAGAAAACUGGCAAAAGUUUGACGUACAGAAUACUUAACAUUUGUAAAGACAUAUUAACUAGAAAAAUAAAUAUGAUAUUGAAUUGUUUGAAAA